CCGAGCGAGGCGGCAGCCGCUUCUUCAGUCUCCCCGAGUUCGCUCCAGCCGCUCGCCCGCCACCGCCUCCUCGGCGCGGACCUCGCACCGCCCAGUUGCCAUCUUCAGAAUGAUUCCCUGCAGAGCAGCGCUGUCUUUUGCCCGAUGUCUGGUCCGGAGGAAAAUCGUCACUCUGGACAGUUUAGAAGAUACCAAACUGUGUCGCUGCCUAUCCACCAUGGACCUCAUCGCCCUGGGGGUGGGGAGCACGCUGGGUGCUGGGGUCUACGUGCUGGCUGGGGAGGUGGCCAAAGCGGACUCUGGCCCCAGCAUCGUGGUCUCCUUUCUCAUUGCUGCGCUGGCUUCCGUGAUGGCAGGUCUUUGCUAUGCGGAAUUCGGGGCCCGAGUUCCCAAGACUGGGUCUGCCUACUUGUACACUUACGUUACUGUUGGAGAACUGUGGGCCUUCAUCACUGGCUGGAAUCUCAUUUUAUCUUAUGUGAUAGGAACAUCAAGCGUUGCAAGGGCGUGGAGUGGCACUUUUGAUGAACUUCUUAGCAAGCAGAUUGGUCAUUUUUUCCGGACAUACUUCAAAAUGAAUUAUACUGGCCUUGCAGAGUAUCCAGACUUUUUUGCUGUGUGCCUUAUAUUACUUCUUGCAGGUCUUUUAUCUUUCGGAGUGAAAGAGUCUGCUUGGGUGAACAAAGUCUUCACAGCUGUCAAUAUCCUGGUGCUUCUCUUUGUUAUGGUUGCUGGAUUUGUGAAAGGAAAUGUGGCAAACUGGAAGAUUAGUGAAGACUUUCUCAAAAAUAUAUCUGCAAGUGCCAGGGACCCACCUUCUGAAAAUGGAACAAGCGUCUAUGGGGCUGGUGGCUUUAUGCCUUAUGGCUUUGCAGGAACUUUGGCUGGGGCUGCAACCUGCUUUUAUGCCUUUGUGGGAUUUGACUGCAUUGCAACAACUGGUGAGGAAGUCCGGAACCCUCAGAAAGCUAUUCCUAUUGGAAUUGUGACUUCUCUGCUGGUUUGCUUUAUGGCCUAUUUUGGGGUCUCGGCAGCUUUAACACUGAUGAUGCCGUACUACCUCCUGGAUGAGAAAAGCCCGCUUCCUGUGGCCUUCGAGUACGUUGGAUGGGGGCCAGCCAAAUACAUCGUUGCAGCGGGCUCCCUCUGCGCUUUGUCAACAAGUCUUCUUGGAUCCAUUUUCCCAAUGCCUCGUGUAAUCUAUGCUAUGGCGGAGGAUGGGUUGCUUUUCAAAUGUCUAGCUCAAAUCAAUUCCAAAACGAAGACUCCAAUAAUUGCUACUUUAUCAUCGGGUGCAGUGGCAGCUGUGAUGGCGUUCCUUUUUGACCUGAAGGCCCUCGUGGACAUGAUGUCCAUUGGGACGCUUCUGGCCUACUCUCUGGUUGCAGCCUGUGUUCUCAUCCUCAGGUACCAGCCUGGCUUAUCUUACGAGCAACCCAAGUACUGUUCUGAGAAAGAAGCUCUGAGAUCGUGCACCAACAGAACCUCCAAAAGCGAGUCUCAGGACACCAUGCUGCCAGGGCAGGGCUUCAGCCUGCGAACCCUCUUCAGCCCCUCGCUUCUGCCCACAAAACAGUCUGCGUCUCUUGUCAGCUUUCUGGUAGGAUUCCUGGCAUUCCUCAUCCUGGGCCUGAGUGUUCUGACCACGCACAGCGUCCACACCAUCGCCAGACUGGAAGCGUGGAGCCUGGCUCUCCUGGUGCUGUUUCUCGUUCUCUGUGUUGCCAUCGUGCUCAUCAUCUGGAGGCAGCCCCAGAAUCAGCAGAAAGUAGCCUUUAUGGUUCCAUUCUUACCGUUCCUGCCAGCCUUCAGCAUCCUGGUGAACAUUUACCUGAUGGUCCAGUUGAGUGCAGACACCUGGAUCCGAUUUAGCGUCUGGAUGGCACUUGGUUUCCUGAUUUACUUCGCUUAUGGCAUUAGACACAGCCUGGAGGGUAAUCCGAGGGAUGAAGAAGAAGAUGAUGAAGAUAUGUAUUCAGACAACAUUAACGCAGCAACAGAAGAAAAAUCUGCCAUGCAAGAUGGUGACCAUCACCAAAGAAACCUGAGUUUACCUUUCAUUUUCCACGAAAAAACGAGCGAAUGCUAGUGCCUGCUGGGGCAGAACUGGUCCAUAGUCUUCAUGUACAUGGUCUGCAUGGAGGGAACCAUGACGAUGUCAUCACCACACCAGGUUGUCAUGGAUUUGCUGCAGACACAGUCCACCCUAAUUUAUACUUACUCACGUGAACAGCACCUCCUCUGAUGGUGACUCACACAUCUAGGGAAACCACUCUGAGCUCGCUCCUCCGUGAUAAAUAUCCCCCCGAGAGUGGGUAUGUGGGCAUGUGUGUGCGUAUGUUUGUAUAUGUUGGGGAAUAUCAUUGUUAAAAGUUGUUGGUGUCUUACUCUUAUCGCAUUGCAUUUUUCUAGUGUUGUCAUUCAUCAGUAGCCUGUCCUGCACCCUAGCCUAUCCUGCACCCACUAAAAUGGAGGUGAUUACUGAAUAGAAAAGUAUCUUGACUGUGCCAGGUGUGGUUGGGGAAAUAACUGUCACUUUUCCUUAUUGGACUUUAUGUCAAGUUAGAACAUCCUAAAAUUGCAUUUACCCAUCAUUGUGUCUAUCAUUGCUCUGGAGUAAGGGGAGGGGGUAGGAAAUGAGCCUUUUCUGUAACUUAUAAAUGUCGGCAGUGGGUUGAGCACAGAGUUUUCAUUCUGUGAGGUAUGACAGUUUGCUGACAGUUUAGCCAGUCGGAGUGCUUGUGUCUGCAGUACCCUGCAGGACAGGAGCGGCCUUCUGUGUCAGCAGGUGGCAGACACCCCUUUGAAUGGCUGUCUUCUUUGAGACAGUGGUCCUAAAAUGUGAGUCCUUCACCUUGUGUGAAUGAUAUCUUCCCCACUCCCCCACCCCACCCCAGUCCAGUUGGGCUGGAGAGAGGUAGUGUGAGCUCCUAGGGACCCUUUGUGCUGGAAAGUGAAGGUGGUCCCCAUGGGCAGGAAGCUCGUGUAAGUGGCAGAGAGGAGGAUGCAUUUGAAGAUCAGAGUAGUUACGUGCUUGGAUAAGACCCCAAGCACCCCUGUUUUAAAAGUCACUUAAAACAAGCCAGUAGAACUUCCCUGAUCACAUAAUUGGUGAAAUGAUUUAUACCUUUUUCCAUUAGUUAAUAAAUAAUCACAGUUCACAAUUUAUUUAGGGUAUUUUUUUUCUAAGCCAAUAGUAAAUUCUAUCUUUACUACAUGCAAAAAAGGGGUGUGGGAAAUGAAGGAAUAAUUUGCUUCUGAUGUUUCUUUUUUCUAUUUUUUUAAUAAAUAAACUUAUUUAUUUUAAUUGGAGGUUAAUUACUUUACAAAUUUGGAAACAUUUAGGGAUAUUUCUCUUCCCCCAUCCCAUAAAUUGUUCAGCACUUUUAAUUUCUUUUAUUUUUAAAUGACCACACCAAAACUACUCAUAGAAGUUCCAGUAUUCUAGAAAAACCCAUCAGUGGUUGAGGAAUAGAAUAUUUUAGUUAAAUACAUGAUUCUUUAAAAUGUCAAACCAAAAACAUUAACCUAACUGAAUUAAAGCCAUAGAAACACAAUAAUCUUUAUAUGAGUAAUAUGUUUUUAAAUGUGUGAUUCUCUAAUUACUGUAUUUCAUUUUAUAGGUUUAUCUAAUACGUGGACUACUUGUUUUCCGUAUGUUUCGCUUCUCAUGAAUUAUUUUUCUUACAAAUAAUUACAAGGUUCACGAGAUGAGACUAGCACAUUAUCAAGCCCAGGUGACCAGCUUAAUACAAAGGCGAGGAAAACACUGAUUUUCUGACAGCUCUUCCAAGAGAUCAGCCAUUUUAUUUUCGUCAUUAAAAAGCAAGUUUUGAUUGUUUAGGAGUUUCUUGUGAUGAAAAAUCCAGUAAACAGGUAGGAAAGUCUAGGUGCUAGUGUUGUAGCAUCUCAGAUCUAGAACUCAGAACUAACAUUCCACAAUUUCCAGAGUGCACAGAGUACAAUCUGAGGCCCAGUAUUGCAUGUUUUACUGGAGAGGAAGAGAAGGCUGUGCAAGAGGCAAAGUAUUUCUGUAAUCAUUACUGUGGGCCUAAUCCUAGAUCUUUGCUGUUACUGCAGCAUUCUGAGAAGCACUUUGAUUCGGUAAUCAGGCCCUGCACAUGAGAAUAUGAAGAAUUUCACGUGUGGAUAUUAAACCUUUUAUGUAGCACAAUCGAGAAAUUUAUUUAGAACAUGACAGGCAGCUAAAACUAUUAUGCCCACUGUGUUCAAUUAGGAGCAAAAUUGAGUUAAAAAUAAUUUUUCUACCUUGAAACACUUUACAAACACAAAUGUCUAUGAAAGAUGCUUUGUUCAUGACUAUCCUUUUUUUUUUCUGUGAAAACUCAAAUAUCUGUUUGUAUGUAUGUGUAAGUGUAUAUGUUAAUAUAUACACAUGUGUACAUAUGUGUGUUUCAAAUGUUGGUGUUUAAGUCAGCUGGGUUUAUGAUGGGCUUUGAAAGUGAUCCUGUUGUCUAGAUUUUAAAAACCCAACUGACAGAGAAAAAAUGUUUUGUAUUGAUAGGUAUGCUUAUGCAAAAUGUCUAGGUUUUAAACUAUUUUGAAAUAUAUGGCAAUUUUUUAUGUAUAUUUUCUAUAGAUAGAUUCUUUCAGAAAGAUAUAUUUAUAAUGUUUCUAAUAUGAAAUCACUGAAGUCUAGUAUGUUAGGUGCUUUAUGAUCUGAAAUGCAGUGGGGUGGGGGCAUUAGGGAAUUUCUGUUUGCUUUCUUCUGCUGUGCCUUUUCUGAUUUCUGUCUUGGUUUGUGCUUUUUUAGGAAAAGUUAGUACUAGCAGGUCUUUUACUGUCUGUCUGUUACUACGUUUGAAUUCACAACCUUUUGAACAAAAUGUUGUUUUUGCUUUCUUAGGAUUGCCAAAAUGUUCUGUGUGGAUUUUACUAGUAAUCAGACACACUUACAUAAACUUCUUUCCAGAAAUUAAAAAAAAUGCAUAUGCAUUCUCUUAAUUGUGAUUGGGUAAAAACAGCUUAAAUUACUUUUCUUUUUUUGCACUAGGAAAUCUGCUCUCUGAACAUUUUCAGUGAGAAACUUCUUAUAAUAGCACUUUUAUUUUAUACUCUUAUGAUUUGUGAGUAACGAUACAAAGGCCAUACUGACCCUACAUUUAACAAGGUAGUUAUGCAAGUCCAAAUUUUGAAACUAUUUAAACUACUUAUAUUAGAACUUUUGAUAUAGAAUGAAAUACAGAUUAUUGCUUAAUUAAUGCCAUUUUCCCCAGAGACGAAUAUCUAGAAAAGACCAAAACAUCAUUUGGGAUAUAUACAUUAAUGAAAAACUAAUGUUGAUAUCUAUAAAACCUUCUAUUGUCAGCCACACAGACAUAAUAAUAUAUUUCAGAAUUAUCUGUUUCCUUUAAAAGACAAGACCCUGACUUCUUUUAAUUUUUCUGAAUAAAGGAUUUUUUAAACUUUAAAAUUUCAAAUAAUAAAUUUAAAAUAUUUUCUAAGUCCUGAGUAUGUUAUGGUCUUUUGAAUUAGAAAUUAUAUUUACCAAAUUAUUUUCUAAAUGCAUUUAACUGUUUAGCAGGGAGAAUAAGGAAGAGUAAUCGCCCACCAGUGCUGAUAAUGCUGGAGGGACCAGAUUAGUCUGAGCUGUUUUUCCUCUUAGAUCAGUAUAUUCUGAGAUUAUAAACCUCAGACGCAAUUGUGCCAGGAUUCCAACUCUUCCUUCCCUGUGAUGUUGCCCGUGAUGUUCUGUGCCUGGGUAUCUGUUGAUAUGCUUCAAGCGACAGUAGAAUUCAAACCAAAAAUAUGAAUACAGUGUCCCACCUGAUUUUAAAGGAUUGGGUUUAGAGUGUGCAUCAGGGAAUAUUCAUAUACACUUGCUUCGUGUGAAUGUCUUGUGGGGGGUAUUAUUAGCUUGGUUUGGGGGCUUGUUUUUGGUUUUUGAUUAGUGCCAAAAUAGUGCCUUCUUUGUACGUUUUCUACCUAACAUUUUCUAGUUUGUUCUAAAAUAUCAAGGGAAGAAGUACCAAAGUUCACGUAGGAACUAAUGCCAGCACAGGUCAUUGAUUUUCAGACACAUAGAUGUGUGAAAAUAACGUUGUUUGAGUACAUUGUUUAGCCGAGUUUCUUUUUUUAUCUCCUUGUAUAAUUUUAUUUAAACAUUUUUUAAUGGCUUUCUGGUUUCUGAAUUUUGAAAGGCCCGAUCUACUGUUGUUGGGGUUGUUGGUUUAGUGGUUGGUUUUUGUAACAUUCGUUAUUGUUUUUAUGUACACAGUUUAGUCUUGUUCAUUUCAAAUGCAUUUUGUUAUGUGUCAACCCAGUAGGCAACCCUGGGAGCAGCACUAUUUUAGCUUUUAUGCACCUUAGCUGAAGCCACUGCCACUAUCUCUGGCUUACAAGAGCCUUCAGUGACCACUGGCAGCAGCUCCAUGGGGAUCAUAACCAGGACCGUGGGUCUGGCAGGCUGCAAAGUGUGAGUGUCUAUAGCUACCUUUUUGGGGAGUCUUGGGAUAACAGGGUAGGACAUGAAGUGAAAAACUAAAGUAGUUUGGGGUCCUUCAUUUCCGUUCCAAAUAUCCCAUGAGUACAAGGUAAAUGAUAAGGACCAAGGACCCUCUCCGACUCAUGGGAAGGCUGGCUGCUCCCUGGAGCUGCACCGUAGGUCCUGGCCUCUGCAGGUUCUGCACCAGCACCAACAUCCAUCCGGGGCAGAGCACACGGGCCACGGCUCCGUUGGUAAAGAACCUUGUAUUGCCAGCGUGGCAGGUUUCUCUGGCCUGUGCCUGGUUAACAGGCUCUUCAUCUUUGGUAUCCGUUUGUUUCAUUGCUUUCCUUUGUUAUCAUUAUACUUAAUAGAAACCAUUGAUAGGGCCUAAAACUCUACCAAAAUUCUAUAUCUGUAAAAACCAACAGAUACUUUGGUCUUACUCAAAUACAGAGUUUUUUGUGUGUGUGUACGAUUGUAGAUAAUUUUAAAUUUACAUGUUUUUGAUGAUAAUCAGUUUUCCUUUUUGCUUAUAACAUUGGAUUAUUUUUUAGAAUUUGUAAUAAAUAAAAACUGCUGCUGCUUUAUCACUGUAAUAUGUGCUUUCUAACCAUGUAUUUUUAAAAUAAAUUUUAAUAUGACUUAU